UUAGCUUAUUUUUUGAUUGAUCAAAGGUUUUAUAAGGAAAAAAGAAACGAAAAAGAAGAUGUGUGGAACAGAUGCUUGCCUUAUCAAGUGUUCUCCAGUCCCUUCUGCUACUACUGAAACAAGAGAAAAUGGCACUAGGGACACUCUCAUGAAUAUCAAUCUGGAUCAUGGUGAUCCAACAAUGUACGAGUCAUAUUGGAAAAAAAUGGGGAACAAGUGUGACAUAACAUUCAGUGGUUAUGAGUCAUUGAGUUAUUUUGCUAAUGGUAAGAGCUUGUGCUGGUUCUUGGAGUCAAAACUAGAAGAAGAAAUCAAGAGGCUGCACAAUGUGGUUGGAAAUGCAAUAGUGGAUGAUUAUUAUAUUAUUGUUGGGACUGGAUCCAGCCAACUUCUUCAGGCUGCACUUUAUGCUCUUUCUCCUACAGAUGAACCUCAACCAAUCAGUGUAGUUUCAGCUGCACCUUUCUAUUCGUCAUAUCCAGAAGUGACUGAUUUUGUGAGGUCAGGGCUAUACAAAUGGGCAGGAGAUGCAAAACAAUUUGACAAAGAUAGACCGUAUAUUGAGUUCAUUACAUCUCCAAAUAACCCUGAUGGGGUUAUUAGAGAGCCUGUAGUUAAUGGAGAUCAAGGGAUAUUAAUCCAUGAUUUAGCUUAUUAUUGGCCACAGUACACUGCUAUUACCUCACCUGCCAGCUAUGAUGUUAUGCUCUUUACAGUUUCCAAAUGCACUGGCCAUGCUGGUUCCAGAAUUGGUUGGGCACUUGCUAGGGACAAAGAGGUGGCAAGGAAGAUGACAAAAUUCAUGGAGAUUAGCACAAUUGGGGUAUCAAAGGAAGCUCAACUCAGAGCUGCAAAGAUUCUUGGAGUGCUCUCUGAUAGCUGUUUGGAUCCCACAUUGGAUAACUUCUUUGAAUACAGUCAGUCUAUUAUGACUCAAAGAUGGCAAAAAUUAAGAGAAAUUGUUAAGGCCAAUGACCUUUUUACCCUCCAGAAGUACCCUCUUCAGUAUUGCCUCUUCACAAGAGACUUCUAUGAAUCACACCCUGCAUUUGCAUGGCUAAUGUGCAAAGGAAGUGAAGAGGACUGUGAGAAACUUCUUAAAGGACAUAAGAUUCAAACAAGGAGUGGAAGAAAAUUUGGGAGUGAUCCAAGAUAUGUUAGGAUAAGUAUGUUGAAUAGAGAUGAAGACUUCAAUAUUUUUCUGCAGAGGCUUAUGGCUAUUCAAGGACUUACAAAUGGAAAUUAAGAGUUAUUUUAUAUGUCUAUACAUGAAAUACUAAUACCUGAUUUUAUGUAUUAUCAGUCUUUAGCAAAUUUCUAACUACCAGUGG